AGGAAGAGUUAUUUUCGAUGAAUGGAAUCCUAUAUAAUAGUCAGUGAGAGUCUCUUACUGUAGUGUGAAUUUCUUAAGAGCUAUGUGUGAAUUGAGAUGGUGUUUAAGAUUUUAAAGUUAGACCAGUUAACUUCAGAUUUAUUUCUGACUGCUUUCCUGUGAGCUCUCCGAACCUCUAGGCAGAGGCUUUCAAGUUCAUUGGUCCCCAGACUCUCUUGCUAGAAGAGUACUUGAAUUAAGGAGAAAGUAUUAGCACAAAAUAUGGAGGAACUUAAACAACUUGCAUUGAAAGAAAUGUUUAAUAAGAAAAUUCAAGGCCAUCAUUGAAUUUAUCACCUUCAGUAUUUAUCAUGCAAUGCUGUUUAUUACAAAAUACAAAACAUCAACAAAUUAAAAAUGUUUGACAUGAAUAAAUUACGGAAUGACGUUUGCAUUAAAAGAGCAAAGAAACGAGCAUCUGUUGAUUCAGAACGCAGUAAAAUUUCUGAUGCAUCAGACUUUGAACUAAUGGAUCACUCUCAUGAUGAUAGUGUUGGUGUUGAGAAAAGAAGUUCAAAAAGCAGCAAAAUUUGUUCUUCAAAAAUGACUGCAAUGAAUCAGAAUCAUAGGAGUACUAAUAGUCAGAAAAACAAAAAGCAGAGCUGUACGAAUUUUAAAAUUGAGAAAACAGUUUGUAGUUCACAGGGAUCCAUUGUUAAUUUUCAAAAGCAAAAAAAGACAACUGGGAAUUCAAGAUGUAAUAAAGUUUCUGAUAAUUCAAAAGUGAAAGCAUCUAGUGAUUCAUCUCAAUUAUCAUCUGAGUCUAACAAAUGCCCUCAUUGUAAAAUCACUUACAGUGACUUUAACAGCCGGGUAAACCAUAUAUGUCUUCCAUAUCCUUGUUCAUUGUGUUUUGCUAGUUUUCGACAUGACUUUGAAUUAAAGAUGCAUAAAAGUUCUAAGCAUGACAGUGAGAAUGAUAAAGAAUUAUCGAGUGAGAAGACACCAAAAGAAGAAUCAUCAAGUGAGAUGACUCAAAAAGGAGAAUCAUUAAGUGAGAACACUCAGAAAGGAGAAUCAUCAAGUGAGAAGAUUAAAAAAGAAGAAUCAUUAAGUGAGAAGGUUCAAAAAGGAGUGAAGUGUUCGAUUUGUGAAGAAGUGUUUCAAACCUGGAAUUCACUUUUUGCUCACAGAUCAAGGUGCAAGGAUAAAUAUUUUGAUAAAUGUGAAAUGUGUAACAAAUGUUUGCCCGCUAGAAACAAAAGCGGUGUAUUUUGCAACACAUGCAGAAUAGUCAUUGAUAAAAGUAGAAAUGACCACUCUCUUAGGCAUACAUUGCCUAAAUCUAAUUUAAAUGUUUUGCGUAGCAAUACUCUGGAUUCUAAAGAAUUACCUUGUAAAGAUAUAACAAUACCUUAUGAUUCAAGCUGUACUACUAAUGCAAGUAAUUUGAAUAUUAAUGAAACAGAAGAGCUGUCAGAGAAUAAUAAGUCUAGAAUUCUAAAUGUUUAUGAUAAAAGGAAAGUGGAUGACAUCUCUCAUAAUUUUUCUGAUACUGAACAACAAACGCAUCAACCAAAGAUACAAAAGAAAAAACAUGAAAUGCCAAGUGUUAAUGAAAAAAAGUUUUCAGACUCUGAUAAAAUGAAAACAAAGAAAAGUAGAGCAAUUAAAAAUGUGAAAAAUGUAUUUCCCAUAUCUGAGAUUUGUACAAAAUCCAAAAGGAAUACUAAUGUCAAUUUUCAACAAAAUGAACUUCUCCCUAAGAAACACAAAACUUUUGGAAUUCAUAAUUUUAAGGAUUCUGCAUUUCCUACAUCAAACUCAAGUAAAGAUAUUCAGAAAUCAGUUAGAAAAAAAGGUGAAAUUUGUAAUGAUGAAUUCAGAAGAAAAUCUCGCAGUUUCAAACAGAAGCUUGAGAAACAAGCACCAACAAAGCUAGUCAAAAAGUAUCAUAAAGGAAGCAACGAGUCUGAGAAAUUUACUGCAAAGGAUACCUCUUAUCGAGAAGAAUUAAAUAAAUUUGAGUUUGUGAAAAGAAAUAAAAGUGACACUGAAAGUUCAGCAUUAAAAGGACCUUCAGAACAACUUUCACAAGAGGUUUUAAGUAUUGAAAAUAUAAUCAAGUCACUUCCUGAUUCAGACAGUGGAAUUCUGCUUUUACCCCAAAAUAAAAAUAACCCAUCUUUCAUGUGUGCUAAAUGCCAAAAGUUAUUUAAGCAAGAAAAAUUGGCCUCUAUUCACUAUUCUUCAUGUAAAUUUGUGAAACAGAAAAAAAAAUUGGUUGCUCUUAGUGAAGUGAAGUGGCUCUGUACACUUUGUCAUUCCAGUUAUAGUCAAAUCUCUGGCCUUUACGUACAUAAAAAGUCUUGUUUAUACUUGGAUGUGGCAGGUGCUGGUUUAUCUAUGAAAGUUUGUUCUAACUGUGGUUUUAGCUGUACUAGCAGUUUUUCAUUCCAAAACCAUUCAUGUCAGGAACGACUUAAAUAUAUGCAAUCUUGUUAUGUUCAGGUCCCAAAAUUCGUCAUACCACAUACAUAUUCAGAACAAAUCCUUCCUUUAUAUGUGUGUCCAGUUUGUGAAAAGAUAUUCUCUGAUGUCAUAUUAUCGCAAAGCCAUCUUUUAAAACACCCCGGUGAAAGGAGAACUGUGAUGUCCUUGCGAUUACAUUUGAAAAAAAGACACUUGCAUCCAAAUGUUAGAUGUUCUUCACUCAAUAGAUUUCCGAAACAAAAUCGUAAACCUGGCUGUUCUUUCCCUAGACCUAAAAUAAAUGACAGUAUAAAACUGUUGCAGUCACAUAUGAAUCAGAAUCCUUUAAUAACCCAAGUGAGGAUUAAAAAAGAAAAAACAACCGAGGAAGAAGAUUCUAAUGUAGCAGUCUCCUCAGUACAAAAUAGUACUUUCAGUUCAUCACAAUUAACUAGAAAUAUUAAUUCUGUAUAUUGUCAGACAUCAUCAGCUGUACAAGAUGUAAGAAUAUCUAACAAUCAACAAAUAAAUCCAUCCUGUUCUUCAAAUGCUUUUGCUAAUGCAAACUUACCAUUUUCUCAGACUGUUACAUCUGUUAAUCUCAUUGAUACUACCAAUCCUCAGCAUAUUGGUGCAAUACCUUGUCCAGAUUUAUCAGGUAUGCCAAAUGGCAAUACAUUGUCUUCUUGUGUUGUAUCUGAGAGUCAACCUGAUACAUCUCUUAAUUCUAAAACUAUUUUAAGUUCAACAUUAAAAUCUCGAAAUGUUCCUAGCUUAAAUUUAAAUCAUCAAGCAGCAUCAUGCACGAUAAAUGAAAAUCAAAAUACAUCUCAAACAGAUGUGUUUGAUUCACCAGUUAUGCCCUCUCAUGUAAACCAACAGUAUUCUCAGUCUGAUUCAUUAAAUACAGAUAAUGGAUUAAAAAGUGUUUUAAAUAAUUAUCAAUUUCAAGAAAACUUUAGAUUGGAAACUACUAAUGACACACCCAGCACUUCAACUAGUCGUCCGAUAAUGCCAGAGACUGAUGACAAUUUUCUGUCUUUUAUGAGAGGUUUGAUUGAAGGUAAUACUUCUGUAGAGAAACUUAUAACACUUAGUGAAUGUCGAUGUAAAAAUGCAAAAAUUGGACCUGAAGGUGAAGAAAAACCAUGUCCUCGUUGUAGUUUGUUUCCUGGAAAUAACGUUAAUGAUAUUGAUUUACAGCCAUCUGUUGAUUCUUCAUUUGGUUUACUAAUACCCAAAGAGGAAAUUCUGGAUUGUCAAACAGAGGAGCUUGUGAAGAACCUGUUGGAUGACAUGAACAAAAGUACUGCAGGUAUGCCAGCAUCUUUUGAAAGUCCUACAAUAGAGGCAUCACAACCAAGUCCACUGUGUGAAAGUAAUACAUUUAAUGCUUCACAUUCUCAUAUGUAUCCUGAAAGUGUUACUUCCGUUACAGUCCCCAUAACAACAUCUUAUGUAGAUACUACUACAUCUGUUGCAGGAGAAGCAAACAUAUCCUGUGCAAGUACUUCCUCUAUUUCAUCACAGGUAGAUUCAUCUUACAAAGAUACUGCAUGUACUUCAUCACAAGGCCAAGUUCCUUAUCAGGUGCUUCAAACACCACGGUCGUGUUUGACUCCACCAUUGACUCCUGGUGGUAUAUUUGCAUCUUCACCGGGGUGUUCUCCACAGCCGUUUAACAUUCUGGAUAGUCAGCCAUCUUGUAGUACUGACAGAACUGAAAGAACUGUUACAGGUGAAAGAUCCCAGAGUACAGUUACCAGCUCAUCCUCUGUUACAAUUCAGGUACUGUCUAAUGCUAAUCUAGACACAUUUUAUUUAGGUGCAACCAAAGUACAAAUACAUGAAACUUUUGAUAUUACGGCUGCUGAUGGGUUUACAACAUCAGAAGAUAUUAAAACCCAUGAUUAUCUCUGUGCAAAAUGUUACGGCUCUUGUAAGAUCAAUAAUUUCUUAGCUCAUUUGCUUGAAGAGCAUAAUAUUAAAGAUAAAAACGUUAUAAACAUUGUGAACUACAGUACUUGAAUUAAAUUCUGAAGUGAAAGAUUUUUAUGUUGAUCAUCUGUAAUUAUGUUCAAUUUUUCUUUCAAAUUAAGAAAAUAUAAAUAAUAACAUGCAUGAUUUUAUAUUUGAAAGGCAUUGAAAUUUUUUUAAAUUGAAAAUGUUGAGAGUUCAGCUUCCCCAUUUAAUUUGAUCUUUAGUGUAUUGUUGCGAUCUGAUGUAAUUCAAGAUUUUACCUCCACACUGCUAACUAUGGCAGCAAUUUUUUUUAAUUGAUAUGAUCAUUUGUAAUUUUAAAUAUCUUCAGGUAAUUUGAAGUUUAAAUUUUUAAAACAAUGAUAUUGUUAACUUGCAUAUAAAGAAAUUUCAGUACAUACUUAUUAAAGCAUCUCCCAAAAUUUAAUCACUAAUCAACUGACAUGCAACAUGUAGUGAGGUAUAAGAACAUGUGAUGAGAUUUCAGCGAGAUAUCAUGGUUGAUUAGUGAUUCAGUCUUGGGGGGCCAACAUAAUAAGGAAGUACCGAAGUUUCUUUUAAUGGGAAUUUGUAAAAAUUGCUGGAUUAAUUUUGUAAUUUGCAGUUACUACACUUCAAGUUUAAUUAUUGAAAUCAAAGUAUUUAAAAUAUAGUUGUAUAUGUAGAUUGUUUUAUUAUUGUUGAAUUGAAAAUAUUUAUAAUAAUUUUAAUGCUUCUUUCUUUGAAUGCUUAUUCUGCAAUUCUGAAAAAAAAAAAAAAAAAAAAAAAAAAGGGGGGGGGGGGAGGCUUAUUUUGUAUGCUUUUUUUAUAUGGUAGUUUUAACGCAAAUGUAAAGAAAUAUAUGCAAUUAAUAUAUUAGUGGUAGCUAUCACAUUAUUUCAUUUUGCAUAAAUAUUUUUCCUUUUUAAUAUAAUUAGCAGUUUUCCCUCAAUAACUUGCUGAGUGGCAUGACCAGCUUUAUCCAGUCGUGGGAUUUUUUGUUACUUGGCACAUAAUAACUUAUAAUUUUAAGAUAUUUUGCUUUCUUACUUUUUUUAAUAAUGUAAAUGCCAUCUUAACGAAUGUAAGUUUAUGAAAACAGACACUAAAAUAAAUAAUCAUACCAAUUUAGCUAACAAAUGUUGUUGAAAUACAGGUAUUCUUGCUAGGUGCUUGUGUAUUAGCUGAUAGUUGCUGAUACACCAUCAGUAAUUCUAGUGGCACGCUUAGGUGGUGAAUUGAUUUCCAGUGAGUAUUGUCUGGCAAUAGCAUCAAACAGAUUCCUAUUUUCUAUAGGUUCUGCCACAAGAUGAGCUGUACUAAAGCAAGUUAAAUUCCUCAAAUAAGUUCACAGCUCGUAUUAUAAUACUUAUAUAGUAAACCCAUGAUACAAAAUGCAGUAGUACAAAUUUAGCACAAGGUAAACAAAGGAUAUCUCAAGAACUUAUCACAGGAAAAAUGUUACCAGAAAAGUCAUAAAAUGCAAAUAUGCACUUCUUCUAAUCACUUUGAGAUUGACAUUUAAAUAAUAUAAGACAAUCUAAAAAGAUUCUUUUAAAAUCUCACUAGAGUUUGCCAGUCAGAUCCUGGGCUCACUUCGACUAACACAUUUUUUUUUUUAACUUUGUUAUUACAUUUAACUUAAUUUACACUCAAGCCACAUUAAAUUCAGCAAUUAAUUUACAGAAAUUUUAAAAGUACCUUAUUUUUUUAAUCAAAGCUGCUAUGGUACCUGAUAUGUCAGGGAAUUCAAAAAUUGACCAAAAAUGUCAGGGAAUUUAAAUAUUUUAGAUAAAAUUUGGAAAAGUCGGGAAAUUUCAUAAUGGCGAUCCCAAAAAAGCAAUUUUUGUGCCAGUGGGGGAAGUGAUCACUUUCUUGGCAAAUCACGUAUUGCGUGAGUAUUAUUCUGGCUUCUGGCAUAGAGCCAAUUUUCACAACUGCAAUCAGAUGGUCUUUUGGAAUGGCAAAGCAAGUUUCUAGUAACCUAGAGAAUCGAGAGACUCGUUCGCAUGCAGUGCACGCCGAACGAAAGAAAAUGCUUUCCUGUUCUCAUAUAAAACAAAAUCGGUUUAAUCCUAGUAUACAGUAUACACAGGAUUUGGCAACAUUGCGAUGAGCACCAAAGGAGUUGUUUUGGUGUUGGUGAAAGUUCUGAAAACCCUGCCAAGGCUGUACCGUGUACUAGGAUUUUACCACAAAAUCUUAACUUUUUUUUUUUUUCUUUUUAAUAAAUAGCUUGUCAUUUUGCAGUCAAAAUAAUAAUAAUAAUCAGUCAUCUAGGCUAACUGUUUAAUAUAACUAUA